UAUGUGGGGAGAGGGGUCAGUAUAUCUACCCCCUUUGUGUUCAGCUUCAUCAUAAAGCAGCCGGGAUACUGCUUGGUCCUCAUCAGCUAUAUACCACUGAAACAUGUCACCCAAGAAGGCAAAGAAGAGAUCCGACGGAGCCGGCUCAAAUGUGUUCUCCAUGUUUGAACAGGCCCAGAUCCAGGAGUUCAAAGAAGCUUUUACUAUCAUGGAUCAAAACAGAGACGGUUUCAUUGACAAGAAUGACCUGAGAGACACUUUUGCAGCUUUAGGCCGUUUAAAUGUCAAGCAAGAAGAGAUUGAUGAGAUGCUGACGGAGGCCCCAGGACCGGUUAAUUUCACGGUCUUUCUCACCAUGUUUGGAGAGAAACUAAAAGGUGCUGACCCGGAGGAGACCAUCCUCAACGCUUUCAAAGUCUUUGAUCCUGAUGGGAAGGGAACGUUAAAGAAAGACUUUGUGACAGAGAUGUUGACGACCCAGGCAGACAGGUUCACCCCUGAAGAGAUGGAACAGAUGUUUGCUGCCUUCCCACCAGAUGUAGCAGGAAACCUAGACUACAACAAUCUGGUCCACGUCAUCACACACGGUGAAGAGAAGGACCAAGAAUAGAUGAUUCCUGAGCUGGCGCUCUAGGUCAUAGACCUAGAGUCAUAGCACAAUAGGUCACAUUUGCGCCAAAAUAUCACACAAACUACAGCGGAAAUAUUUUAUAUUUCACAUUCAUUCAAAUAAAUGACAUUUUUGCAUGAAUGUAUCAAUUCCGUAUUCAUUGUAGUGUGUGUAUACCACACUGUGUACAUGUGAUCUCUUGAUAUGUAAUGGGUGAAAUAAAAAUCUAUGAGCUCACAGAAAA